AUGGCGUCUGGGCGAUUACAGGGCAAAGAAGUUCUCGUUACUGCUGCAGCGCAGGGAAUCGGCCGUGCUGUAACUGAAGCAUUUUCCCAAGAAGGAGCCAACGUAAUUGCUACCGAUAUAAAUGGCGAAAAACUGGCCGAGCUAGACGGAGUCAGAGGAGUACGAACUAAAGUUCUUGACGUGACAGACUACGAUGCUGUGAAGGCUUUUGCUAAAGAAGUCACGAAGCUGGACGUGCUUUUUAACAAUGCAGGGAUGGUCCAUAAUGGUUCUAUUUUGGAAUGCGAGGAGAAAGGUGAUCAUUGUCUAUUCUAUCUAUUGAAAGUGUCGUUUUAGUAGUCUUGUUACAGCUUUCGGACAUGUAGGCGACCACCUACCCUAGUUGUUAAAAACGUUGGUCAUUUUAAGGCAAAAUAAUUUAUAAGCUUACAUGUCAACUUUACGUCUACAUCUAUUUUGCUGGUGUUCUCAGACCAAAAAGAGAGGCAAAUUACUCUGGUGUUCUCGUAUCUUUCUUUGUUAUCCGUGGUUGAAGUCCAGCCCUUUGGGAGAUAGUGGGGGAUUGUUUCAAUCGGUAUUGUCUCAAGGGGGAUGGGGGUAGAACAGUUUGGAAAUCCUCUAUUAAGAUCCCCCUGGACCCGUCCACACAAAGUUUUACAGUCGUGAUUGAUUGAUACAGUCUAUAAUAUUUAUUAGUGUGUGGACAUGUAUACAGUGGAACCCCGCCUUAUGGGCACCUCGUUAUUACGGCCACUUAUUUGGCUGCCUGGCAAAAACCACCAUACAUUUUCUUGUAAAAAAAACCCUCGUUAAUACGGCCAAUUUUUCUGGCCCAAUGUUGGCCGUAUUAAUUGGGUUCUACUGUAUUAAUAAGGAGGGGGAGGGGGACUCGGGAAGGGACCUCGUUUAUUUGAGAGGAGGGGCUUAAUAAAGGAUUUACAGUAUACCAGUAUCUCUACAGGCAUUCUGGCAUAAAUUAACUUCUCAAAAAAUGUCCCAGUCCCAGCCAGGUUAGAAACAUGCACACUAUAAUUUUGUUGAGAAAAUCAUACUAAAAAAUAUAUUGUUCUGUUGUAGACUGGGACAUGUCAUUUGAUCUCAACGUUAAGAGUAUAUAUCGCUUAACCAAACAGUUUCUGCCCAUGAUGUUAUCACAAGGUGGAGGAGUGAUUAUAAACAUGGCAUCAGUGGCUUCAAGCCUCAAGGGGGUACCAAAUCGUUUUGUUUACAGUGCUACCAAAGGAGCAGUCAUUGGUUUGACGAAGGCCCUUGCUGCGGAUUUUGCAGCAAAAGGUAUCCGCUGCCACACCAUCUGUCCAGCCACAGUAGACACCCCGUCUUGGAGAGAGCGAGUAAACAGCCAACCAGAUCCUGAAGAAGCUAUGAAAAAAUUUCUGGCUCGGCAGAAAAUGGGGAGAAUUGGAAAGGCUGAAGAAAUUGCAAAGCUAGCACUGUUUCUAGCUUCCGACGAGGCAAGUUAUAUGACAGGGUGUGAGUAUAUCAUUGAUGGUGGAUGGAUGUUGAGUUAG